AUGAGCUCCCACGAUGCUUGGCAGAUCAUGACCGGCAAGCCAAAACUGCGGACCUUUUAUGAAACUACCUACUGGGAUCGACUGGCUGAACACAGCUUUAUUGUUCCAUUCAUUGUCCUUCUGGUCACUAUUGCUUUUACCACCAACAUAAUUGAGCCCGUCCGCUAUCUUCUGCCAUCCGCGACUGGCGAGCGACUUUGGGACCUGCUCGUCUCAGCCACGCCCUCUUCUGUUCUCUUUGCUGUCGACGACUGGCUGAAUCCUUUUCCGACUCUCCGACCGCCUGUCGAUCGUGCCUCUAAAGCCGCUCUGAAAGAGGCCAAAAGCAGUGCCUUGGGUCGCUUGCUGAGGAAAGACAAGGCCGGUAGCAUUAUCGCAUCCGUGUCUUACGCUGGCAGAAGCGGCCUCUCGCGACUCAUGCCAAAGGGUGGAGUCGACCGGCCGGCAGGCCUCGGGAACAUCAGCAACUCCUGCUACCAGAACAGCAUCCUUCAGGCCCUGAGCGCGCUUGCCCCCCUUCGCGAUUAUCUGUCAUGGAUAGCUGAGGAGGAAGAGACCGGAGGCCUGCCGCACGCUUCGAAACUGACUUGGGCGCCGCCAUACGGGGAACCUAGGAGCAGCAGUCCCGAGCAGCGAGGACAGUGGCUACUUAAGCGCAUCGUCCACCUCGAAACAGGCCGCCGCUGCAGCUUCCUUGUUUCCGCAUCCCACGCCAAGGCCUUAUGGCCCAUCGAAUACGCUGUCGAGAACAUCGAAGGUGUCCAAUGCGCCAGCUGCACUCUCUUGACGUUUCGCAAAAGGAUACGGGUUAUCAUCGGUCGCUUAGAGGCCGAAAGCAGCUCCUCGUAUUGUGCAAAGAGCAAUCAGCCUCUCAUUUACGAGAGAUUAGAGGCUAUCGAGGCGGCAUUGGAAGAGGAAGACUUUGAAGAGAAAACGCUUUCAGAUACUUGCAAAAUCCCCAACAAACAACGUGUGGAGUCUACGAAAUCCCCGGAAGUGGGUAUCGCCCGAGCACCGCCAAGCAUUGCCUUCCACAUCAACCGCUCCAGGUUCGACGAGUCGACCGGCUAUACGUUCAAAAAUCCUGCUGCAAUUCAGUUUCCUUCACAACUAGAUCUUGGUCCGUGGUGUUUAGGUAGUGCGGCCUCACGUUCCUAUGAAAUCAGUGUAGAGCAUGAAUCCGGUCUCAAAGAACCAGAUGUCGACAAGAAGGACAACCGGAUCCACCAGCAGCGGUCGGAUCAAGAGCAAUAUUCGCCUUCAUUCUCAUCUGUACCUUCGUUGAUGACCGACAAUUCCUCGACCUUAGAGGAUGAAGAACAGUGGCAAUUACCUCCCCAGUUGCCCAUGGUUUCUGGAACACAGUACCCGUCCAAAAUCACUGGCCCGCUCUACGAACUUCGAGCUGUCAUCACGCACUAUGGCCAGCACGAAAACGGACAUUAUGUUUGCUACCGAAAGCAUCCUGCUCCCCACCGCCCUUCCGACGAGGAAGUAGAACCUGAGAAGGGACGGGACAGGAAGACGCCGGGAUUUGCGUCUGAGGCGGAUGCCGUCGUAGACGGGACUUCUGAUGAAGCGACUGAUGAGCCAAGUACUACGGAGAAGCUCGAACCCCUUGAAGAUGAUCACAAUACUAGCGAAUCUCAAUGGUGGCGCCUCAGCGAUCAAAACGUGACCCUCUCUGACGAAACCACAGUCUUGUCUCAGGGUGGGGUCUUCAUGCUUUUCUAUGACAGAAUUGACAAUCGCUCUAAUUUUACGUCAUCCGCUGCACAUUCUACCCGAAGCAGUGAAGACUUUUCAGUGGCCGACGCCGACAUUGACAGGGCGCCGAUCUUGUCAACUGACGGGGAGAAAGAAAACGCAGGAGACGACACCUGUGAUAUUGCACCACACCAGGUUGCCGGCUAUAUCGCUGAGGAAAGGGAGACGAAAAGUAUCAACUACGACCUGCCGGAAGCAAAGCUGGCGGAGGCGCCGGCAGCGUUUGUUCAUGCCAGCCUUGAAGGAUAG